CAACAGCUUCUGCUUAGACCCCGAAGGCCUCUCCCUGCUAAUCCGGCGAGCUGUGACUCUUCCCGGCGUCGAAAAAUGGUUGCGGCAAAGAAGACGAAGAAGUCCCAUGAGGGAAUCAACAGCAGAUUAGCUCUGGUCAUGAAGAGUGGCAAGUACACUCUUGGCUACAAAUCUGUUCUCAAAUCCCUUCGCAGCUCCAAAGGAAAGUUGAUACUUAUCUCUAGCAAUUGCCCACCGUUGAGGAGAUCAGAGAUCGAGUACUACGCUAUGCUUGCUAAAGUUGGAGUGCAUCACUACAAUGGCAACAAUGUGGAUUUGGGUACUGCUUGUGGUAAAUACUUCCGAGUUUCUUGCCUCAGCAUCGUUGAUCCAGGUGAUUCCGACAUCAUCAAGUCACUUCCUGGAGAUCAGUGAUUGUCAUUUCGACCAGAUUGUUAUGUUUUUGCCAUCCUAUCUCUCUGUUUUAUGAAACUCUUUAAUGUGUUCUUCAAAAAUGUUAGGUUGUUUUUGGAUUCGAAACUCCUCCUUAAUGGUUUAAUGAAAUUAUCGUCUCCAUUCGAAUG